UGAAGCAUGUUUAACCGUUUGUCUUCCAGUCAGUCUCCUCCCUCCUGAAGGUAUCUGGUAAAAUUGACUAUAAAUUGAGCUCAAGAGAUGAGCCAAAUAUGCAACCUUCUGAGCUCCUCAGCAAGAUCAUACCAAGAAGAUUUUACCUCUCAGAGGUCAGAAAACAUCCACGUCGUCCACUGAGCCAGCAGCAUCUCCACUCUUCUCUUCAUCUUCACUCUACCUCCAGAAGACCCAUCCAGCAGCUUGUCCUCCAGCAUGUCUCCUCUGUCUAUCCUGCUGUCCGCCCUGGUCCUCUUGUCCAUCUUCAGCUCUGCCUGCAGCACUCCCGUGUGCAACAACCAGUGCUGUCGGUUCGUGGAGUCUUUCCCUGUCAGGCUAAAGAAGCUCAGAGAGGACUAUUCACAGAUCAGAGACUUCUAUGAAGCAAACGAUGACUUAGACUCUGCACUGCUGGACCAGAGCGUCGAGGACUCCUUCAAAAGCCCUUUUGCCUGCCACACCAUGGACAGCAUCCUGGAGUUUUAUCUGAACACCGUGCUGCCUAAAGCCAUGGCUGGAGUGAAUGAUGACACCAGAGACCUAAAGCCUCACAUGGAGUCCAUACAGCAAAUCUUCGACGAGCUCAAGAGUGAAGUCACCACAUGUAAACAUUACUUCUCCUGCAAGAAACACUUUGACAUCCAAACCCUGAACUCUACUUACACUCAGAUGGAGAGUAAAGGUCUAUAUAAGGCCAUGGGGGAGCUGGAUCUGCUGUUUAACUACAUUGAGACAUACCUGGCUUCCAAACAGCACACAAACGUGGUGCCUACAGUUUGAAGACCUGUCGACCCUAAUCAAAAUGUGACCUUGUUCUUCUGACUCUUGCACUCUUUUGCAUCCAAUCCGUUAUUUUCAGUGGUGUGAGUGUUGCCAGUUGUUGUUGUAGCCUGCUGAACUGAUGUAUUUGUUAUUCUGAGACUUCUGUUUUUGUCCUGAGGACAAGUUAAUGUCUUAAGACCAUAUUGAGUCCUACACAUAUGAAGCUACAAACCAAAACUGUCACUUAUGAAGCUGUGAUAUUUAUUUUUUUUAUCAUAUAUAAUAUGUAUUUUUGUAUUUAUGAUGACUAAUAUUGUGUUGUUGCAGAUGAAUAAAUGACUCGAUACUGAAUGAAUCUCUUUUGAUUUUUAUUUCACAAUACCAUAGAGAUGUUAUUGUUCCAUUUA